AUGGCUACACUCUGGGUGAGAAUCGUUCUUUGGUUGUCUUACUUAUCUGCAGACACUGUAGCAACUAUUGCCCUUGGUGCCCUCUCCCACGGUCAAGGACAGCCAGGCAGCACCGAACUAACGACUCUCUGGGCUCCAUUUCUGCUUUUGCACCUUGGUGGUCCGGACACCAUCACUGCUUACUCCUUAGAAGAUAAUGAAUUGUGGCUCAGGCACUUUCUUGGACUAGUCCAAAAAGUUGGUAUUGCAGUUUAUGUUUUGAUCAGGUCAUGGGCUUAUAGCCGAGUCUCCAUUCUUACGAUCUUCAUGUUUGUCCCUGGAAUUGUCAAGUAUGGGGAAAGGACAUGGGUUCUCAGGUUGGCAAGUAAGGAACAUUUCAGAGACUCUAUGCUUGAUCGUCCAGAUCCAGGCCCCAAUUAUGCCCAAUUCAUGAACGAUUAUGAUUCUAAGCAAGCCAAAGGGUCCAGAGUCACUGUGGGAAGGAUUGAAGAUUUUCAGUUGGAAAUGCUUGACGAACACGAAGAAGCUCAUCAGCAGAAACCAAAUAAUCCUUCCAACAGUAUAGGCAGUGAAUCCAACCUUACUGAUGCAGAGGUUUUGCCUAAAGCAUAUGAAUUCUUUGAGACAUUCAAGCGUCUCUUUGCGGAUCUCAUCUUAAGUGGUGAUGACAGGAAGAAGAGCAGAGAAUUCUUCCAAGACACUUCAUCAAGAACAUCUUUCAAAGUAAUCGAGGUGGAACUCGGGUUCAUAUAUGAUUUACUUUAUUCGAAAGCUGCCUUGAUCUAUUCUCUUCUAGGCUUGAUUCUGCGUUGCAUCAGUUUCUUGUCCAUAAUCAUUCUGCUCGUGGCCUUCCUGACGGGUGAUAACCAUCGCUAUUCAAAUGUGGAUAGAAUCAUAACUUACAUCUUGUUCAUCGGAGCAUUGAUUCUUGAGAUUUAUGCCAUCUUCGUUCUGACUUCCUCUGACUGGGCAUUCCUUUACCUAAAUAAACCACCCAAAAUAUUACCUAAAGUUCAGAGGCUCCUCCGUGUUGACAAAUUACUAGAAAACUACUACUAUAAAUACUCUAAGGAAGUCUUCUUCAAGUGCAAAGAAUUAAUAUUCAAAGAGCUCAAGAGAAAAUCAAGAAAAGUUGACAAGAUUGAGGAUGUCAAGGAUUUGUGCACAAGUAGAGGUGAUGGUGUACUUGGAUAUAAUGGUCAUCUUCAGGAUCAGCUUAAGUGGAGUCUAAAUGAUAUAGAAUUUGAUCAAAGCAUUCUUCUUUGGCACAUUGCUACAGAUCUCUGCUAUGAGUGUGAUAAUAAUGUUUCUCCUUUCACGGAAUUGCAACGUGAAACAAGCAAGUUAUUAUCAGAUUAUAUGUUGUAUCUUCUGAUAAUGUGUCCUUUUACGAUGCCUAAAGGGAUUGGGCAAAUCAGGUUCAGGGAUACUUGA